GAAGCCACCGCUCAGUCUCUCCUCUCCUCCCUGCUCUCCAAAACCCGGAAUUCCUGUCUUUAUUUCCCCAUUCAAAGUGCCAGUUCGAAACCCUACUUAAACCAUUUACUCUUCAAAUAAUCAAAAGCCUUUCUCUUCUCUUCACAAUGAAUUCUCUCCAAUCCAAUUACAAAGAUGCAGAAGACGAAGAUUCAGCGCAAACCCUAAAGCCCCAUAGCAAAUUCCCCUCGCCCACCACAAAUCCGCCUGCUGAACCCCAAAGCGACACCACACAAGAACCCCAGAACGACGCGGCGCCGGCAACCGACAAAGGUGACGAUGCUGCACGAGAGGCCGAGAACGACGCAAUAGCAGAAACCCAGAACGAUGACGAUACCGCUAAAGAACCUAAGAAGGACAUCGUUUCAGCGCCCCACAGGAAAAAGUAUACUGCAGAAAAAACCGAGAACAAAGCCGUACCGGAACCCCAGAACGACGACAUAAUUGGACGUGAACGUGAAACUCAACCCGAACUGAUGGUCUGUGACAAUGACGCUGUAGAAGAACCUCAAACUGACGCUGCAAUUGAACCCGAAAACGGAGCAGCAAUUGAAUCCGAUAAAGAAGUAGUAAAUGAACCGCGAAACAACAGCGCAAUUGAAGCUGAACGAGAAACUCAGACCGAUCCCAUGGUGUCAGACUCUGUAUCGGAAGAUGAUCACACUGCCUCUGACGAUACACAGAAGUCGCCGAAACGUAUCAAUGGCGCUUCUCAAAACGAGGAUGAAGAGGAGGAAGAAGAUGAGGAGGACCCACCACCAAAGAAGCAGAAACAGCUCUCGUCUUUAACUACGACGACUGAGACACAACACCAACAAACGCAGAAACGAAAGGAGCUAAAAAUUCCAGUUGGGGAUAAUGGUGUAGCUUCUAAGACAAAUGCAAGUCCAUCCAUGGCGGCUACAACUACUACAACUGCUAAGAAAUCGAAGAAGAAGAAUAACAAUGUGUGGGUUUCAAAGACGACGAGGAAAGGUAAAAAGAAAAGCAAAGCGAACACACAGAACCAAGCCUCGAAUGAGGAUACUGUGUUGAUAACGCCGGUUCCAAGAUUUCCUGAUAAAGGAGAUGAUAACCCAGAAAUGAAGAUUUGUUUAUCAAAGGUUUAUAAAGCUGAGAAAGUGGAGUUAAGUGAAGAUAGGAUGAGUGCAGGGAGCACAAAAGGGUAUAGAAUGGUGAGAGCUACUCGAGGGGUUGCAGAGGGAGCUUGGUACUAUGAAAUUAAGGUUGUGCAAUUAGGUGAGACAGGGCACACACGGUUAGGGUGGUCUACGGAGAAGGGCGACUUGCAGGCGCCUGUUGGGUAUGAUGGUAAUAGUUUUGGCUAUCGGGAUAUAGAUGGAAGUAAGAUUCAUAAGGCCUUGCGGGAGAAGUAUGGAGAGGAAGGGUACAAGGAAGGUGAUGUCAUUGGAUUUUAUAUUAAUUUGCCAGAGGGAGGUCAAUAUGCACCAAAACCACCUCAUUUUGUUUGGUAUAAGGGACAGAGAUAUGUUUGUUCUCCCGAUGUCAAGGAGGAUCCACCAAAAGUUGUUCCUGGAAGUGAGAUAUCUUUCUUCAAAAAUGGGGUAUGCCAAGGUGUUGCUUUCAAGGAUUUAUAUGGUGGUCGAUACUACCCUGCUGCUUCAAUGUAUACUCUUCCCAACCAACCAAAUUGUUCAGUCAAAUUCAACUUUGGCCCUGAUUUUGAAUGCUUUCCUGAGAACUUUGGUGAGCGUCCACUGCCCAGGCCGAUGAUUGAAGUUCCUUAUCAUGGUUUUGACAGCCGAGCUGAAAAUGGUGUGUCUGAUGAGAAGAAAAAUUAGCCACCAACAGUACCUUUCAGCCUUAUCUGACAUUGAGAAUCUGAAUUGGGAGAUUGGUCCAAGUUCAGCAUUCUAUUGUAAUUUGAUUACUGUUAAAUUAGGACUAACAAAUUUAUUGAUGAGACCCGCAAACUUGAUUUUAUUUGAAAGAAGGGAAAGAGGUAGUUGAUUUUC